AUGCUCUUCUUUCUUUCACAUAUUCGUGAUAUCUUUGCUCGCUCCCACACCCGCAGCCAGGAGAUGCUGCUGUCUCGCCAAGCCUUUUUUAGAUUACUGGGUUAUUUGGCUAGCUGUGUGGUCUUUUCGUUAGCGGCACAAGGCCAUGUUUAA